AAAAAAUAUUGAAAUAUGAAGUUGUAAAAUCCAGAAAUCUGGAUCGAAGUUUAAAAAAUUUUAAAUUUUUGUGUAUACAUAACAUUUAUAAAUAUUUCUUUUUCUGUUUGCUCCGAAUUUCUUUACUUCGAUUUUGCUCCGAUUAGCACGAACCUGACUUAAAGUCCAAGUGCAGCGGGUGCAACAACCGAGGGACAACGGGAGCGUACAUUCAUGCGUGAACUGCAGGUGUUGUUUACUCUAGUUUACUCGUCAAUGAGUGCUCCUCAUUGAAUAGAUAGACUGGAAACCGCGAGAAGAUGAGCGUACGCGAAUUCGGCGUCUCGAGGGAGACCGUUCGUGGUUUAUUCGUAAACGAGCACUCCCAUUCAACAAGACGGACGUAACUUUUUCACGUGUACCGCGUCGCACGUUGACUCAUACUUGCUCAUACUGCACAUUCCGAAGGUAUAAUUCAUAACGCUGUGCCGCGAAACGAGAAGGCCGGGAUUGAGAGUUCCGCAAUCGAUAUAUAAAACUCAAGAAAAAAAAAAAUGGUUGGCAAGAUGACGACGAUAAUUACAUUCCUUUUGUUCUUCUGCGGAGUUUGUUUCGUGUGCGCUCAAAAGUAUGAGGGCUGUUUUCGAAGUUCCGAUCACGGGUUACCCUCUCCAGCCUUGGCCUACGCCAGCACGCCCGCCGAGUGCACCAAAAGAUGCCGUUCUUAUUAUUAUAUGUUUGCAGCGUUAAUGAAUGGGCAACUAUGUUAUUGUAUCAGUAGAUUUGGUCAGGACGGUCCAUCAAAUAGUUGUACUGUUCCCUGUGCCUCUGAUCCGGAUAAUUAUUGUGGCAGCUACGAAGCUAUGAGUGUUUAUGCUACUGGUCAGCAAGGGCCAAGUCCACCGAGGAGAAUAGAGGUAACUCGAGACGGCAUAGACGCUCUCAUAAUAACGUGGCAGCCACCUGACAUACCUAAUGGAAAUGUGACGUUUUAUACCGUUCGUGCUGUUAGCGUGGAAACACACUCGAGCAACAUUCUGCCACCUGUCGAGAGUCAGAUUCAGGGAGGUUCGUCGAACAUGACGACUUUGAGAGGUCUUCAGCCUGGCACCAAAUAUAAUAUAUCUAUCACCGCUAGCAACAUGCUCGGAGCUAGCGAUCCGGCCUAUGUUGUGGGAUGGACUUCGAUCGGUCCUCCUGACAAACCAGCCAUGCCCGAGGUGGUGGAAUGCGAUGACAGCACAAUCACCGUCGUGCUUACCGAGGGUCAUAGCGAAUAUGGACCGAUCAGCGCGUAUCAGGUGGUUGUCGCACAGACUGGCACUAUACCUCCGAUUGGUCCCCAUGUGGAGUACUUAAACUACAACGACGCGUCGCAACAGGGCUUAAAUUAUUACGUCACCGCGCAGUUCGAUCCAUCGAAUUUUUACAAAUACAAAAGAUUCACCGUGGGCGACGGGAGGAUGAUCGGUGGUUAUUAUAACGCCCCGUUAAAGGACCAUUUUGUUUCGGCGCAAGUCGGCUUGGCGAUAAUCUCGCGGGUACAGACAGAAAUACAACGUUCCUAUUCCGAUUUGGCCAAUAACGCGUUCAGCCAUGAGACGACAGUCACGAAUCAAAUGGACUCAACGGCUCUUGUGCUUUGCAUAGCGAUUACGUUGCUAAGUAUACUACUCGCUGUUUCGAUACUGGUUUAUUUUGUACUGCGACGGCGACACGAGAGAUUUCACAUGCGAAAACUGCCGGAGCAGCAGGAGCUCACGUUACAGGGUCCGGUGUAUGAGGUGGACAACAUGGGCUACAUUCCGGAAGACAUUCCCGAGAGAGUGAAUCACUAUCAAGAGUUGAAGAAGAAAGUCUGGAGUAUACCGCGAAACGCGCUGUCCAUCGAUAAUCACAUUUUGCGCAGAGGACGAUUCGGCAGUGUGCACACCGGAACCGUUUUGAAGGAUGACGGCCUCUGUACGGUAACGGUUCAUACGAUAGCCGAUGGUGCCCUGAAGGGAUCCGACAAGAGGCACAUGCUGAGAGAAUUAGAUGUGUGCAUCCGAGCGAGCUCCAUGAAGUAUCUCGCAGGCCUCGUGGGAACUUGCGAAACCUCGGACACGUUAUACGUCGUGCUGGAACUGCCACCGCAGAUCUUGAAGAACCGUCUCUUGGGUGCGCGAUCCGGAGACGCGUUUCCGGUAGAUCGAGUACUAUCCAUCUCAUCUUUGAUAGCGGUCGCCUUGCAGUACUUGGCGACUCACAAGAUCAUCCAUAAUCGGCUCUGCGCGCGAAGCGUGGGGCUGACGAGCGACUGGACACCGAAACUCACGGGUCACGGUAUUUCCAAGUACGCCUUGGAAGACAUGAAAUACGCAAGAUGGACCGCCGUCGAAUGCUUCGACAAUCAAAAGAAACAUCAACCGGGCGUGAUCUGGGCGUUCGGUGUACUUCUCUGGGAGAUAUUUAGCAUGGGCGGUACACCGUACUCGAAUCUAACGCUCGACAGCGAAGUGGAAAAUGCGGUUACGCAAGGCAUUCGGUUACCACAAUUGUUGGACGUCACAGAUCCGAUUUACGAGGUCAUGUUGUCCUGCUGGCGAAACGAUCCCGAAGAUCGGCCGACCUUUGACGAACUCACGCGAUUGGAUACUUUGAGUAUUUGUCCUAUUACUGCAAUUACGGAGCCCUAUAUACCGGAAUUGGAGUUGAAUUAACAUUCUUAUUUGCAUACUCAGGCACAUCUGCAUUUACUUGAUAGUAACGUAUCAAAUUGCGAUUUGUAAAUAUCUCAUUGUGUUCACGGGAAUCUCGUAGAUUUCAUCGUUACCAAUGUAUGUAUAUCUCUAUGUGGCAUAUAUCUAUAUUUUAUCUCUGAUAUCACGAAUAUAUAAAUUUUACUAUAAUGUAAGUAACGUAACGUAAGUAACGUAAGAUAAAUGUUGCGAAAGCAUUUAUACUAAUUCCGUCCAUGUUUAGUGAAAGACAGUUAAGAUUAGCAUAUAAGUAACACAAUUAAGAUAUUUACACAAAUAUGACAUGAACAUUAUGGUAAAAAGUAAUUUUAUUUUCAAUGUUUUUAUAUCACAUUUUUAUUCACAAAUGUCAAUCCAUUUAUGUGAGAUUUUAAUUGACAGCUCCAUGGCAGAGAGAAUACUUUAUUACCUAAUAGUUACAAAAUUACAAAUGUAAAUUAUUAUGACAUUUUUCAUUAUUAAUAUUUUAUAGAUAUUCGUAUCGUCGUACUUAUUCAAUAAUGUUGUCGUAUCAAGAGUACAAAUAUAUUAUUACUAAAUUAAUAUACGUACAUUUAAAAUGUAUAUGUCUUUAAAUGAACAAAUCAAAUUGGUAUAAAAAAUUUGAAUGUUAAACAGAAGAUAUGAUCUUUUGGAAACUUUAAUGUUUUUUCUUUUAAAUUUUAUUUUGAUUAUCUUUAUUUAUUAUCUUGAUACUGCAUUUAUUUUUAUGCCACAUAAAUUGUACUCUUGUUUUAAGUUGCAAUAUCAUUUUUCUAGUAUGUAUUUUUUAAAUUUGCCAAUCUAUUUUUAUUGUAUAUGUUCUUUUUUUUAUAGAAACAUAUAUGAUUCUAUAUUAUG